AGAUAGCGAUGACGAUGAAGACAUUGAAGAUGUGGUCAGAUUAAUAAUCCUACACCUUAUGUCAACCGUCCUUUUCAACACUUCAGCUGAAAUCGUAGCUUGGUGGAUGUUCAAAUACUGCGAUGAUAUCGACCAAACAAAUGACUUCAACUGGGCCAGGGGGAUAACGGAUUUCUUGUUUAAGCAAAUCCACACAUCAAACACACAUGACAAAGUCCGUGGUUGCAUACCACUUGUGCUGGUAAGUAUGAAUAGUCACUUAUAGUCACUUACAGUCAUGUACAGUCACUUAUAGUCACUUUUAGUCUUGUACAUUCACUUAUAGUCACUUGCAGUCAUGUACAUUCACUUAUAGUCACUUGCAGUCAUGUACAUUCACAAAUAUGACUAAUUGUUUAUGUUUAUUUACGCAGUAUUGGAUGUGUGAGCGUGUAUCAAUCGUCCCUCCAGUGGCUGAUUCUGCUUUUCCAAGAUUUCGGCGGUGGGAUAUCUCCGAGCUUGCAUCUACAUUGAGCAGCAAAGACAUGAACGAUAUCGAUCCACAACUCGUCAACGAGAAUCCGCUGAUCCCAACAGAGCAAGAACAACAAAUCUUAGAUGGAAACUUGGUCCUGGACGAUAUCAGCAACGAUGCAAACGAUGAACAAAACAACGAUAACAACAACAGCAAUGCUAGUGUUCAUUCUGCCACUCCUUCUGAUUCUGAAGAGAAUGUCCCAAUCAAAAACUGGUACAAAAAGAAGCAGUCGUCAGAUGAACUCAAGAGGCUGUUGGAGGUAGAAGCAAAACAAAAGGCAGAACAGGAGGCCCAAGUGUCGAAACUGCAAGCUGUCGUAGAAGAACUUCAAAUGGAGAUAGUCAUGUUAAAAAACGACAAGCAGGUACUUGUUGACGAAAAGGCACAUGUCGCUCUUCAACUUGCAAAACUACAGGACGAGGUCGCGCUUAGCAAUGAUGAUGGGCCAUCUUUCAAUAUCUUGACCCAAACACAGCCGAACCAGAGUGAGCUGCAACAAAAAAUCAAAGAGAAUGCAGAACUGAAGGCAGAGAAUGAAUCCCUCAUCAAACGUCUUGAAGAGUUGACAAAUGCUACAACAACUGUACAACCCGAAAAACCUUUUUCACUGACACAAGAGUUUGAAGCAGAAAAUAUCUCACUCACAAACAUGCCUGAGCACACAGCAGCCAAAAUCUUCUUGGAAGCUGAAAUCACCCUCCUAAAAUCAGCUGAAAAAACUCAUCUUGAUAAAAUUAGAGAACGGGAUGAAAAGAUAGCCGAGUUGGAAGCUAAUUGUGCAGAAUAUGCAAAGGCACUUGAUGAGCGCCCACCAAUACAUUCGGACAGCGACUUUGAGAUAUGUGAGGAAGAUAUCGAGGCCAAGCUAAAGGACCCAAAAUCUGCAGUGGGAAAGCGUACAAGGUCAAAAAAACAUGAAGUCACACCACGUAGCACCAAGAAAGCACGUAGGGAUUUCAGAUACAAAAAAUACAACCCAUACAUCGGCAUGAGUGUGAGAGACAAGGCCAUAAUAAACACAAUGGCAGAUGAAAUAGUGCAUGGGAAGUAAGUAAACUCUAACUACAGUCAUAUAUCCAGUCAUCUAUAUGAAAAUAUUAUACUACUUCAUACAGUCAUAUAUAGUCAUAUGACUAUAUGACUAUUAGUGACUAGUUCUAUAUGACUAUUCAUAUAUGUAGUCAACAGUAGUCAUAUAGUCAUAUGACUACCCAUGACUAUCCAUGACUUCACAAUCACAUGUCUUAUUCAUACUUCAAAAAAUGUUUAUAAAUGCAGUAGAACAGUGUGGAAGAAUCCAGAUGGCAAUAUUCAUGUUCGGAUGGCUGACAUCUUUAUCAUCCUCAGAAAGGAAGAUAUUUCCGGCGAGGUAAAAACAAAUUUAAUAACACUGUACAACCUAUCCUGCUCACGUUAUGUACACAAAUUUAAUAACACUGUACAAUCACAGGUUAUAGAUGCUUACUGCGAGAUAUUGGGACAUCAGCAAGCUGCAGGGUUGUUUGAAGGUAGCGAUUAUGAGUCGCUUAAGGGAACAAGCAUGACGUUCACCAGCAUGCUACUGGUACAAAGUCGAUAAUAUAAUUGUAAUUGUUUUUAUAGAAAAGAAGUAUAUGUUUUCCCGUGGUAACUAAUCAGUAGUUCUAACAGACAUCGUUGAGGCAGUCCAAAAAUAAAACAUUCCGCAUACCAGCAGAAGU